GACACGAUCAUACCCUAACACGGCUUAUAAAGUUAAAUAUCUUCUUUGCAUCCGACGACCCUGUUUAAUAACAUCUGUUUCCCGAGGUACCCGUCAGUAUUACUUCAGGCUUCCAAAUUCCAUUUUCCUGCUGCCUAUGGCGGAAUCUUGAUUUGUCCCAUCUUCCUCAGUAUUGUUUUUGAUCCGUCAUCGCUGCAUCCCUUCGUUUCUUGUGCGUGUCUUUUAAAGUUCAGAAGGAUAACUCUCGAAAGAAUAUUUUUAUCCGUCAAGAAUAUAAUUCCUCCACGUUUACGCUUUAUAUCGGAAAAGCAUCACACGCUUGAAGCAACUAAAAAACUCACAUUACCUCCUGAAGUGUCGACACGAAUCUUUCUGGUCAAGCUCGAGAGAGAGAGAAUAAAAUCAAAUAGCCGAUCCUCUCCAUUUUAUUGAUUGUUUGCUCAAAGGGCUCGUCUGGGAUCUGGCGGGGCUCAAUUGAGGGGCAUCAAGCGACCCUCCUCCUAGAUCAACACAAUCACCAUCGUGGUGAAAACCCUUCGUGAAUGGUGUAUUCCUGAAAUCAAAGCAAUUUAUUAUCAUAAAUGGUCACUAUGAAUCUCAGUCUACCUAUUAGGAGUGCUAGUCGGAGAAACGAUGAAAGUCGGAAGCAUUACACCUCUGGCAACCACACACCCACUUCUUCAACGGAAGUAAUCGCAGGACCAAUACGGGAGCCAGCACCUGUGACUGAGAGACUAAUUGUUGGAUUAGAUUUUGGGACAACAUAUUCUGGGUAUGUAUAUUUUUAUAGCUUGUCUUGACGAGAUACUUGUGGCGCCGCGAAAGCGUGAUCUUACACUUCUGAUAAUUACACUAUUUCAGAUAUUCUAUUAUGUUUGCGCUAUUUAGUUUUUGAAAUUCGAAACUAUUGUUUUUGGUCAAUCUUAGGGGCCUCCAUCCAUGAAAGUUCGUGUUGAUGGCAGUUUCUUCGUAUUAGCGCCCACACCAGCUUCUUCGUCACAGUUUCCAUUUCAAAUGUCAACACAAAUGCUAACAUUAAUUCAGUGUUGCUGUUGUAUAUACAUCUAAUCCUGAUGAUGUAGAUAUCAUCAAAACUUGGCCUGGAAGUAAUGGAAUCACUUCCGACAAAGUUCCAACAGAAAUAGGAUACUCCAGACCGCCGGGAUCACCAGCAGGGACUGAAUCAACGAUAAAAUGGGGUUGCCAAUUCCGUCCUGAAGAACCCCGACUGCGAUGUAUCAAAUUAUUUCUUGACCGAUCUCAAAAAUUACCUUUCUACGUCAGUCCGGCUGAAACUGCCAACCUGUUGAAGGAGCACGGCAAAAACGUUGUUGAUGCUGUCAGUGAUUAUUUGACUCAAAUUUAUAAGCACACAAUUGAGACAUUAACUCGCCGAUAUGGAGAAUUAUUCAUGUCAACUACGAAAGUCGAAUUUGUUCUUACUUGUCCAGCGGUCUGGUCUGAUGCUGCGAAGAACACAACACUUCAAGCUGCGGAGAGAGCGGGAAUGGGUGACAAAUCAGCCAUCCAAAUGAUCAGUGAGCCGGAAGCAGCUGCUGUUUAUACGCUAAAAGCCAUUCAACCAAAUCAUCUACAAGUCGGUGACAAUUUUGUGGUGUGUGAUGCCGGAGGGGGCACAGUAGAUCUCAUUGCUUAUAAAAUUAUAUCCCUCAAACCACUGCGAGUAGAAGAGUCAGCAGUAGGUACGGGAGGACUUUGCGGGAGCGCAUUUCUUAAUUAUCGAUUUGAGGAACAUUGCAAGAGUAGGAUAGGAGUCGAACGAUUUGAAGAGAUGAAAAUGAAGAAAGCCAAGUCAUGGCAGACGGGAUUAAAAUACUGGGAAGAAUACGUAAAACGAGAUUUUGAUGAGGACAACAAUACUGAAUUCAAUAUUCCUCUUCCAGGUCUACCAGAUGACAUAGAUGCUGGUUUGGAUUGUGGAUUUUUCAUCAUGACAACUGCUCAAGUUAAAGAUAUUUUUGAGCCAGUUGUAAAAGAGGUGUGUGAUUUGGUUCAAGGCCAAGUUGAUGGUAUUAGACGAAAAGGAGGUAUCGUUUCUGGUAUAGUACUUGUGGGCGGUUUUGGACAAAGCAAUCAUCUAUACAAAAGGUUAAAAGCGCAUUUUAACAGCGCAGCUCCGCCACCUUAUAGCGAACGUCCAACUCACGCACAAUCUAUGGCCUUAGCAGAAGGCAAUUCGGUAGAGGUCAUGCAACCUAUAAAUGCAUGGACUGCUGUGGUUCGAGGAGCCGUUCUCAAAGGAUUGGAAGGAAGCGUAGUAGUAUCCAGAAAAGCGAGAAUGCAUUACGGAACCUCGUACGCAACAGUUUAUGAUGAGGAUAAACAUGAUGUUAGUGAAAGAUACUGGAGUCCAUUAUGGGAAAGAUGGAUGGUUAGUGAUAGGAUGCAAUGGCAUCUUCAUAAGGUAUACUAUUUUCUCCCCGUCCAUUCUUUCAUCGCUAACCCCACACAGGGUGAUACUCUUAGCACAGAUACUCCAGUCUCCUUUCACUACACGCGUAAUUUCCGUCCAGGACAAUCACUCAUCGUAUCCGAUGAUCUCAUUGCCUGUGAUUCAGACGGCGAACCUCCCGCAUCCGACACGAAGGAUCUCAUAAGCGUGUGCACGCUAACGACGGAUCUGGGCGCGGUGCCAAAGAGUAUGUAUACGAGAUUGACGACUACGAGGGGAGUAGAGUUUCUCAAUUUGGAUUUUACUCUCGAGAUGGUGGUGGAGAGUGCCGGGUUGGCGUUUGAGUUGAAGGUUGAUGGUCGUAGGUAUGGGAGGGUGGAAGUAGAGUUUCAUUGAGGAGAUUGGAUUUAGUGACUUUUGAGAAUGUGCUAGAGUUAGUGGAUUGAUGCGGAGUGUUAUUUGGGAGAAUGGUGGGGAGACUCGUGUUGGAGAUAGGUAUUGAGGCUCUUUUGAGAAUGAUAUCAUUGUUACUUGCACAGCAUAUGAAUAUUGAUAACAGAAACAGUAGUUAUAGUUAUAGUUAUAGCACAGCGAUCAAUAUCAAUAAACAACAUCUAGAUAUCUACUCAUUAAUAGCGUCAAAGUUCCAGAACUGCCAUAAACAAUAUUAUAUUUC